AUGUCCUCGGCAUCAACCAGCGCUGCUCUUUACGCAACGACUGUGUCAACAUCGCAACUUACCGGCGCUGUGCCCGAGGAUGCCAAAAACAAACCUCACCAUGUAAAAGGCGGUAAAGGUUUUAUGAAUCCAUGGGACUCUUACAAUGAAAUGGGCGUCUUCCAGAUUCUGUCAAAACUCAUAUGGCGAAAAUUGAGCGGCAACGCUAAGCAACCCGAUACUACACCACCCACCGUAACUGUACGCAAGCCGUCUUUCUUGGCCUCCCGCGACACUACAGCUCUCCGCGCGACUUGGCUUGGCCAUGCUUGUUACUUCGUCGAGUUUCCUGGCGGCCUGCGCGUGCUCUUUGACCCAGUCUUUGAGUCGAGAUGCUCGCCAUUCUCCUUCAUGGGGCCCAAGAGAUACACAGAAAUGCCGUGCAAGAUUGAGGACAUCCCCACAAUCGAUGUCGUCGUAAUCUCUCAUGCGCACUACGACCACCUCUCCCACCCUACGGUCACGAAGAUCAAGGAAUUGCACCCCAAUGUGCAUUUCUUCGUUCCUUUGGAAAACAAGAAAUGGUUUAUAAACUGCGGCAUCCAUAACGUUACGGAGUUGGAUUGGUGGGAGAGUCGGGACAUUCAUCUCUCCCCAGUGGAGUCAAAGAGCAAGGCGCAAGAUACCAGCGUUGAGGUUGUUGAGCAUGGCAGUCGGGAGAGGAACCCGAAGGACAUGCUGGCAACUAUAGAGUGUCUGCCUUGCCAACAUACGGCAGCCAGGACUCCCUUUGAUAAGAACCACACGCUGUGGUCAUCGUGGAGUGUAACAAGCGGAGGAAAGAAGGUGUGGUUCGGAGGUGACACCGGUUACCGUGCCGUUGCUGACCUCCCCGCUGGCGAAGACGACUACGACGCGAAAUACAGCUUUCCUCAUUGCCCUGCCUUCAAGCAGAUCGGCGAUCUGCGUGGACCCUUCGACCUUGGUCUGAUACCCAUUGGCGCGUACGAGCCAAGAUUCAUAAUGUCUCCCAUGCACGCAAACCCUUUUGACAGUGUUAACAUCUUUGUUGACACUAAGUGUAAACGGGCAAUGGGUAUCCAUUGGGGUACUUGGGUGUUGACUGAGGAAGAUGUGCUUGAGCCGCCCAGACUCCUCAAGCAGGCAUUGGCAGGCAAAAGCAUACCGGAGGAGGGCGUUUUCGACGUCUGCGAAAUCGGAGAGAGCAGAGAGUUCUGA